AUGAUCCCAGCCUGGUAUGGCUUCCAGAGUUUCCUACUCCGGCUUUCCAACCACCCAAGGUGGAGCCGCUGCAGAGGUUCUCGCUGGCGAGUCCUCCUCGUUUGGCUCUUGAUACUUUGUUUGCCUGGCGGUGCCCACCUGGUUACCUUUAGGGUGGGAGUGGUGGGCCCCUGGAAGUGUGACACCGUCUAUGCCCAGGCCCACCCGGACGUAGCGGCCCAGCUAGCUGUUGCCCGCAUCAACAAAGACCCGACUCUGAACCAGGGCUACUGGUUCGAUUACAUCCUCCUCCAUGAAGACUGCCAGACCUCUCAGGCCCUGGUGGGCUUUGUGAACAUAGAGCGCUAUGCCUCUGGCUUUAUCGGCCCCGUCAACCCUGCGAUCUGUGAGGCAGCGGGUUGGUUUGGCCGAGCUUGGAACAAGCCCAUUUUUUCCUGGUCUUGCUUGAGUGACGAUUCGGCGGCAGAGCGUUACGGCACCUUUAUCCGGGCGUUGCCCCAGAGCUCAGCGGUGAUCUACACUGUGCUCAAGUACUUCCAGUGGGCUCAUGUUGCCAUUGUAAGCUCUGGACAGGACUUCUGGGUGGAGGUAGGCUAUGCCCUGGCUCACGCACUACGUAACUUUGGCCUCCCCAUUGGCGUGCUGACCACGAUGGAGGACGAAGCCGACGGAGCACUGGAGACCCUCUGCAAGAUACAAAGGGCUCACAAUAUACGAGUGAUCAUCAUGUGCAUGCACUCGGCCCUGCUGGGUGGCCAGGAGGAGAAACUCUUGUUGGAGACGGCCGAAGAGAUGGGCAUGAUAGAUGGGACGUACGUUUUCAUCCCCUACGAUGCCCUGACUUACAGCAUGCCCUAUGAGGAGGCCUACGCCAUACUGGAUGACAACACCAAACUGCGCCUGGCCUACGACGCUGUGCUCACGGUCACCAUCGACUCCCCGGAACGCCCCUUCAGGCAGGCCAUCAGGGAAGCUCAGGAGAAGGGGGAAAUCGCCAGCAACCUCAAUGCUGACCAGGUCCAUCCCCUGUUUGGUACCAUCUUCAACUCGAUCUACUUCAUGGCCAAGACAGUGGACAGCACUCAAAGGUCUGGAAAGUGGGUGAUGGGCUCCACCAUUGCUGAAAACGCCAAGGACUUCAAGCUGGAAGGCUUCAGCCAGACACUUUCAGUCAGUGAAAACGGAGAAGCUGUGCUCCCCUAUGUCAUCUUGGACACAGAUGGCGUGGGCAACCGCCUUUGGCCCACCUACACUGUAGACGUGGUUGUUGGUACCCUGCGUCACUCUGGGCACACUGUUCAUUGGCCUCACAGUUCAAUGCCAAACACAGACUCCAGUUGCUGGUUUGAUUCUGUUGCCAUCUGCACUGGGGGUGUGGAUGCCAGUUACAUUGUUCUCCUAUUCAUUUUGGUUAUUUUCUUGGUCAUGUUUGGAAUUUUUCUCAGUUUCUAUAUCAGGCGCUACAUUCAACAUGCCCAGCUAAUGAAGGGACCCAAUAAGAUGAUACUCACAAUGGACGACUUGACCUUCAUUAACAUGCAAAGUAGCAAGAAGAAAGUGGAUGACAGCCACUCUAGUCUCGCCGGACGGAGCAAUUCGGACAUGAAGAGCCUCAAGAGCGUGACGGCAAAUCCAGAGAACAGCAACAUUGCUGUGAACGAGCCACCACCUGGGGUCAGCAGCCACGUCCCUUUGCUACUCCUUUUGUUUAACAGCCAAGGCAUUGUAGCUGCCGUCCAGGCACAUCUGGUGGAACAUCUCUGGGUGGCCUCUGUGGUUCAG